CACCUGUUGCGGUGACUCCUCUUCUCCAGUAACUUCUCCACCCAGCGACCUGCUGCACCUGGAGCACCUUCACCUGGGAAGCUUCUGGAAAGUCCGCCAGUGUCGUGCCCGCCGUGAGGAGGAGGACAAGGAGCAGAUGGAUAAACUAAAGAAGGUGCUGAGCGGACAGGACGACGGGAGCCCGGACGGGGGAGGCAUCCUGGAGAGAGCCAAUCAGGCGUCGACGCUGGCCUGGGGGACGAGGAUGAAGGGCUUCAUCAUCUGCUUCGUUCUGGGCAUCGUCUGCUCCAUCCUGGGUACCUGUAUGCUGUGGAUUCCAGGUAUCGGUCUCGCUGUGUUCGCUGUCUUCUACAGUGUGGGAAACAUCUGCGCUCUGGCCAGCACCAUGUUCCUGAUUGGUCCGUGUCGGCAGCUGAUGACCAUGUGUGCUAAAGAGCGAGCGCUCGCCACCGCCAUCAUGCUGGUGUGUCUGGUGCUGACGCUGUGUGCUGCCUUCUGGUGGAAGAAUAACGGCCUCGCUCUGCUGUUCUGUGUCCUUCAGUUUCUGGCGUUCACCUGGUACGGCCUGUCAUACAUCCCCUUUGCCAGGGACGCCGUCAUCAAAUUAUUCUCAAUGUGCGUCUAAACGUCUCUGUCCAACCAAUCAGGACGCACUGAGGUGUGUAUCCGAUGUCCAAUCAGCAGCAGCUUCUCCUGGGGAACUCUUGAACUGAUCAAGGCCUUAAACAUUUCUGCUGGUUUCUGUGGAGACCAGUUAACACUACCUGUACAGUCUGUGUUGUCGUAGCCGCUGUUAGCUGUUAGCUGUUAGCUGUUAGCGUGUCCACCUACCCGACCUUCAAGUACGGACUCUUAAUUUUUAUAUUUUAAAGCAGCUACUCUGGUCGUUUUCUGAGUCAAGAACAAACGACAGCCUUUCUUUAACCGUUUCUAUCUAAAAUAAUCUGAAGAUGAAAAGAAAAAUGCCUUUUUAAUCAGUUUAUGUCACAUAUUGGUAUUUUUAUAUCGAAGCUCAGACUUCACCUCUUCUUCUUCUCCUUCUUCUUCUUCUUCUUCUUCUUCUCCUCCUUCCUCUUCCAAUCGGUCAUGUACUGCGUCCGUCCGCUACAUUUAAAAUCAUGAAAAUCCUUCACUUGUACCAUUUUGUCCAUUCUGGGCUACUGUAGAAACAUGGCAGUGCAACAUGGCGGCCUCAGGUGACGGGGACCUGCUCCCUGUGUAGACAUGACCGUCUCAUUGUGAGGUCAUGAAAACACAACGACUCUUAUCUUCAGGUGAUUAAACACUAAUUAAUUCUGAAUAUUAUCUUCCAUCUCUGCCCCGUCUCACACACUGGACGUGUCUUCAAGUACAUAUUUAGUAAAACUUUAUAACUUUUGUCAUAUCGCUAAAUAAAUACAAAAUAAAAUGUUUUUAUAAACUGUUUAUUAGCAGCAGUUCAUCAUAUGUUGUAACUGUUAAGAGUUCUGUUACAACAUUAUUCACCUCGUCGUUUAUUAAUCUUUGAUGGUUGUUAUAACCAUCAGAAUGUUAUUUUAACAAAAUAACUUUAAACAUUUCAGUCAGAAUUGACCAUAUUUGUUUCUUUUCUCCUGUCAGUUUUUUAACAAUUGUCAGUCAAAAUGCAGAGAAAUGCACAGAUUUAUUUUCAGGUGGUCAAAACGUUCAGUAUGAUCCAUUAUCAUGUUUCAUCAUGGAUUAUUUCAAAAUAAUCAGUCAGCUGUGAACUUUGUGGAAAUAUAGAAUACGAGUGAACGUCUGGAACCAAAAGGAGCAAUAAGACGAAAUCAAUAUUUAAUUAGUUUACGAGAAGCUUAAAAAAAAAAAAAAAAGUUUGUUACAACGUUACGUUUUGUGUUUCUGUCUGAAAAUACCUGUUUUGGUAUGAAGAAGCCGGUUUGGACUCGACAGAACCGGCUGCAGCGUCGUGACGUCUGGAGCUCUGUAACAUAUCGAUAUGAGCAUGUUGUGAUUGACCGUAGAACUACUUUUAGAACUGUAUGAGGGUCCGAGCUCGCCCUUGUUCUCACCGCCCGGUCCAAAUGAUGUCAGCAGAACCAUUUCACUGAGCUGCACUCAGAGUUAAAACAUUUCCUGUGAGCUGCUCUCACUGUGUCCACGCCGUUUUAAUAAAUCUGUUCUGUGCUGAAGAACCGACCCGUUUCCUCCGCCUGUCCGGACUCGUGUUCUGAUGUCUGUAAGCUGUACUGGUUCUCGUCGGUCCACGUCUGAGUGUGUUGUCUGAUGUUUACCUUCCUCCCUCGUCGUCUUCACACCUGUUAAGUCUGUAAAUCUCUGUAAUCUCCACCCGCCGCUGCCUGCUGAUUAAAACACACACACACAGUCAAACACACACUUCAGCACACAGUCCGGGUGUCGUGUGUCGGACCUGUCAGAUGUUCUGGAUCUGACCUAUUCUCCAUUACAUGCUGAUCUGAACAGCUGAUGGUGUUUUUCUUCAGCACCGUCACAUGACAUUUAAACCUCCAGCAGGACCAUUUAUCACUUAUUCUCCCCGGGUGCGGUCGCUCGUUCAGACGGGUUUAACGGCGCCACAAAGGUUUCAUACGUCCGCAUGUUCUCCACCCAGGCGACGUUCUCGUCUCGUAUCCUCGUCCACAAAGAUGUUUUCUUUUAUGAGACAAAACUCCUCCAAAUCAUUUCAAAGUGUCUGAAAUCACAGAGCGUGUGUCAGCGUCAAACAUCAGAGCUCAGAUCCUUCAUCCUUCUUCUUCACACCAGCCGACGCUCACUGAACAUCCAGCGUCCUCGUCCACGACGACACAUGAAGCUCUGCUGAGUUUUCUCAGGAUGUUUUCAGAUAAACAUCUGAGGGAAGUUUAAAGCUUUGAGUUUCUUUUCUAAAUGAAAAGAUUUCCCUCCUGAAGAACAUCUCUGAAAGCUCAGGUGUCGUUCUGCACAGACAGAUUUGUCUUUUUUCACAUUCUUUAUGUUCAGAGUUCAUUUUUUACAAUUUUCUAAAGCAAACUGCAGCUGUGAUGUCACAUUUUGACUUAACUGUAGUGUUUUAUUGUCGUGUUCUCUCCCUGUCUGAAUUUAUUCUCUUUUGAGACGUCUUCAAAAAAUGUUUUUUGCACCAAAAUGUGAGUUCAGUGUUUGUAUUUCUCUACUUUGUGGUUUCUAACAAUGUAUCACCUCCAAAGAAAAAAAUUAAAAUGUUUCUUGUAAUGAA